AUGAACGAAUUUCAAUCGAUAGUAAAAACUUAUAUACUUAUUGUAAAAACAUUACAUGGUGAUCCAGGAGAUAAUGUUACUGUUGUUAUUAAAGGUACUGAUGGACAAACAGAAAAAUUAGCAUUAGGAAAAUCACAAUCACAUCAAAAAACUUUUAAAGAUAAUCAAACUGAUCUUUUCUUAUUGGCAUCUAAUAUUAAUAAUAUCGGCAAAAUUUUUCAAAUCGAAUUUUAUCCAGAUAUUAAAUUUAAAGAAUGGAAAUACAAUAAUAUCUUUAUCAUAGACGGUAUACAUGUAUAUCGUGAUCUUAUUUCAAUCUAUUCUCUUGUACUAUCAACAAAUAGUCCGUCUAUAGUAAAUGUUUCUGAACCGUACAUUGAAUCUCAAGAAAGUAUCUAUUAUGCAUUUAUAAAAACUGGUAAUGAUUCAUGUUCAAAAGGAUGUUAUCCGAAAUUAUCUUUAUUUGGUAAUAAUCAACAACAUACUGAAAUAGAUAUGAAAUCUUCUUAUCGUAUGCAUUCAUUAUCGAUUAAUAAUAAUAAUGCUCUUGAAAAACAUCAAUUCGAUAUAUUUCAAUGGCAAGAUCAUAAUAUAGGUACUAUAGAACGAAUGCAUUUACAAUUAUAUUCAGAAAAUAAACAAUCGAAAUGUCAAUGGCCUAUUGAUUGGAUGUUUGUUAUUCAUCAUAAAUAUUCAUUUACAGGACGUAUAAUGUUGAAUCGAAUUAUUAAAAUUAAUCGAUUUAUUAGUAUUGAUUUUGAACAGAAACCAUUAUCAAUUACUGGUGAACAUGGGGAUUCAUUUGAUAUUCAGAAAAAAUAUAAUGAUAAUAUAACUUCAUUAAAUAUUUUAAAUAAACAAUCAAAUGCAACUUCAGAUGAUAUCGGUCGAUAUUAUGUUAUAAUUCGAAAUAUCGAUGGAACAACUGGUGAUGUUUAUAUUAAUUUUCAUAGUGAUGAUUUAACUUCAUCCGGUGAACAACAUCUAUCAAAAUCUGAAAAUUAUCCUGAUCAUCCAUUUACUAGUAAACAUACAGAUUUAUUUCAUAUAAAAGCAUUAGAAAUUGGUCAUAUUCAUUCUAUAUCAAUACGUCUUGAUGAAACUGUUAAAGAACAUAGUUUAACACUUGAUUUAUUGUAUAUUAUACAUAAUUCUAUCGUUUAUGAAUUCGAUUUAAAAUAUAUUAUAUUAAAUAAAGAACAAUCGAAUAAAGAAUUUAUUCCACGAUCACAUCCAAUAUUAUCAGAUGGUAAAGCUUCUUAUUAUAUUGCUACUCAUACAGCAGAUAAAAUGUUAUCGGGAACAAAUGCAAGUUUUCAAAUUGUAGUAAAAGGAACAAAUGGAAUAUUUGGACCCAUUGAAUUAAAAGAAUCAUUGACAAAUGAUAAUGAUCCAUUUGAAAAAGAAUGUGUUGAUUUAUUUCAUAUUGAAGAUGUAGAUAUUGGUGAUCCGUUAUCUGUAUCGAUUACAUUAGAACCAAAAGGUCUAUUGCCAAGUCUUUUCAGUGGUGCGAAAUGUGAACGAAUAAUGUUUAUAAAAAAUGGUGAAUAUAAUUCAUUAUGGCAAUUAGUCGGUGAUCUUAAAUCUAAAGAAGCUAAAAUUAUUUCUUUACCUAUUCAUCAACAACAAACGAUUAAAAAAACUCCUCAAAUAUCAAAUAUUCCACCAGAACCUGUAUAUUCGAAAACACAUGAUGAACCAUCUCUAUCAAAUACGACGAAUGAAAUUUAUUCAUCGAAAAUAAAGCCAUUAAUAAAUAAUAUUCAAAAAUCUGUUUCAAUUGAUAAUUUGAAGAUGGCUGAAAUAGAAGAUCAUCAAAAACGUCAUACAUUUGCACCUAGUCUAUAUCAAGCACAACAAAAUUAUCGUGAAUUAAGACGUUUAUUAAAGAAAAUGAAUGGACCAAUACAAAAAGAAACUAAAACACGACCUGAAAGACUUUCUUAA